AUGCCUAAGUUGUUUCAGGCCUUUCUGGAGUCUUCGGACACGCCAGGUGCGGGGCGACAUCCGCUGCUCUUCCAGGACGUGGAUGGGGUGCUGAAUCGCUACGUGGAGGGUACCCCUGAGCUGGAUCCCGCGCUGCUCCGGAAUCUCAAGGGUACCCUGGACUCGACCGGGGCUGACCUGGUGCUGUCCACCCAGUGGCGGAAGUACCGGGACCACCGGCUGCGGCUUCAGGAGGCGCUGCAGCAGUCCGGCAUUCCAGCAGAGCGGAUUGUGGGCGAGACCCCGUCGCUCUGCGGAGGCCCCUACUGCCGCGCCAAGGAGAUCAAAGAGUUCCUCACAGCUCGUGGGGAGCUGGAGACGCGCUGGGCCGCCGUGGACGACGUGGACCUGUCCGUUCAGGAUCCCGAGUUCAUGAAGGGCCACUUCGUCAAGACCGACCCCCUGCGGGGGCUGACUGCUGCGAAGGCGUCGGAGCUGCAGGAGACCCUCAAGGCGGACACGGAGCCUUCCCGCCUGAGCUUCCUCAGGGCCUUGUAG